AUGAAAACUCCAUUUGCAGUUAUGAACAACGUAACUGAAUUCAUCCUAUUGGGACUGACUCAGAAUCCAGAACUGCGGAGACUCUUAUUUCCUAUGUUUUUAAUUGCCUACUUAGUUACAUUGGCAGGGAACCUGCUCAUCUCUGUCACCAUAUUCAUCAGCCCAGCCCUGCAUUCACCCAUGUACUUUUUUUUGUCUUAUUUGUCGAUGAUAGAUGGGUUCUACUCUUCUUGCAUGACACCUAAAAUGAUCUUGGCCUUGAUCUCUGAAAAGAACACCAUGUCCUUCAAUGGCUGCAUGACUCAACUCUUUGCUGAACAUUUAUUUGCGGGGGCUGAAAUUAUCUUGUUAAUGGUCAUGGCCUAUGACCGCUAUGUAGCCAUCUGCAAACCCUUGCAUUAUACGACCAUCAUGAGCCGACCCGUGUGCAUGUUCAUGGUGGUAAUGGCAUGGCUGUUAGGGUUUAUUCAUGCAGCGGUUCAGCUUUUGUUCAUUGUCCAGUUGCCAUUCUGUGGCCCCAAUGUCAUUGAUCAUUUUUUGUGUGAUUUAAUUCCUCUCCUGAGGCUAGCUUGCACUGACACUCACAUAUUGGGGCCCUUGAUUACAGCCAACAGUGGGUCAAUGUGCUUGCUCAUUUUUUCUAUGCUGGUUACUUCCUAUGUCAUCAUCCUGCGCUCACUGAAGAAUCACAGUGCUGAAGGGCGUCGCAAAGCUCUGUCUACCUGUGCCUCGCACGUCACAGUAGUCAUCUUAUUCUUUGUUCCCUGCACAUUCCUAUACCUAAGACCUGUCACCUCCUUCCCCAUAGACAAAGCUGUGAGUGUAUUUUACACCAUAGUAACUCCUAUGUUGAACCCUUUAAUCUACACCCUCAGAAAUGCAGAAGUAAAAAAUGUCAUGAAAAAACUCUGGGAGAAAAUAAGAAAAACUGGAGAAAAAUAA